AUGGCUUUAUUUCAGCCCAUUCAGGUUGGUGACAUGCGAUUGUCCCAUCGAGCCGUCAUGUCACCAGUAACGCUAUUUGCAUGUAACAGUAGAGGGGAGCAUUAUGAACUAGGUGCUAAGUACUAUGGCCAGCGUGCUAGCACCAAAGGAACUAUGAUUAUCACUGAAGGCACAUAUAUUGCAAAGAGGGCAAUUGGAUGGUAUAACGUCCCCGGUAUCUGGACCGGAGGCCAAAUUGCGGGAUGGAAAGGGGUCGUUGAUACAGUACACGAAAGGGGUUCCUAUAUUGUGCUUCAGAUCUUGGCCACCGGACGAGGACUAGAACCCAAGAUGAUCAAUAAUGCACCAGACUUCGACUAUGUCGGAGCUAGCGAUAUUCCUAUGCCUGGUUAUUCUACGAACCCUCGUCCUCUAACCAUACCCGAAAUUAAAGAAUAUGUUGAUUUAUUUGCAGUUGCGGCCCAAAAUGCGGUAUUCAGGGCAGGUUUUGAUGCCGUGGAGAUUCAUUGUGCAAAUGGGUACUUGAUCGAUCAGUUCCUGCAAACCACAUCCAAUCACAGGACUGAUGUUUACGGCGGUUCGAUUGAAAAUAGGAUCCACUUUGCCUCGGAAGUUAUCGCAGCUGUGGUGGCUGGAAUUGGACCAAGAAAGGUUGGAAUCCGUGUGAGCCCAUGGGCCACAUUCUGGGGUAUGGGCAUGAAAGACCCUGCUCCCACCUUCAUGGAGCUCAUAUCUCGCGUGCGUGACCUGUACCCGGAGUUAGCCUAUCUUCACGUUGUGGAGCCAUGUGUGAACGGAUUUAAACCUCGGGAAGUCCAACCAGGCGAAUCAAAUGACUUCCUGCGUAACAUUUGGGGAUCGCGGCCCCUGAUCUCUACGGGCGGAUACGACAGAGACGUCGCCAUUAGUACUGCUAAGGAAAAGGGAGGACUGAUUGGCUUCGGACGGUACUUUGUUGCAAAUCCUGACUUGCCGGUCCGUCUGAAGAAAAAGAUCCGACUUGCAUAUCCAGACACGUCCAAGUUCUUUGAUAAGGAGUGUGAAGUGGGCUAUACUGAUUAUCCCUUUGCUGAAGAAGAACAAGCCCCAGCAUCAGCAUCGGACGAAGAGCCCACAGAAGAACAGUGCUGCGAUUGA